AUGGUGUACCAGGUGGCCAAAACGGUAGCAGAAAAAAUGCGUGAAGACAAGUACAAAGCUCACGACAAUAAGACGGAUCACCUCAAAGCGUACACAGCUACCAGGCAGACGAUGGACGAUACCUGGCAAGGUAAAGAGGCCAGAUGUGUUGAAACAGAGCAGGCGGUGAGGGACCAAGAGAGAGUAGUAAGAGGCCUCAGGAAGAUAAAAGAGGAUGCACUUGAGAUGAAAAACAAGCUCGGGGCACAAUCGGGGGAGUCCCCACCUCUCAAGCCACUGGCGCCAUCCUCAUUAAAACAGAGGGAUGAAGCAGCCGACCAAAGGAAGGUUGAGAAAAAGCAGACUCUGAAAAAGAAAGAGAGGAAGGAGUACCAAAUUCCGAAGAAACCGAGCGUGAAGGAGGCUGAACUGAUGAAAAGAGUGGCCGAGAUCGUCGCGAGCUCGCCUGGGGUGGCAGAGGGGGUGGAAGGGGAGGAGGCGGAAGAGGAGGAAGGGGAAGGGGAAGGUUCUCUCCGAGGGGCAAAGGAAGGGGGCAAGGACACUUUCAGAAAGGAGGAUACAGGGAAAGGAAUGAAGGAUGGAUGGGACAAGGAGGAAUGGAUGGUGGAAUGGGAGGUGGAUUGGGAGGUGGAUUUGGUGGAGGUGGGUCGGGGGAGUACCCGGUCCAGGGAUACCAAGGUGGAUACCAGGGAGGUCCGCCCCAAGGAAUGAUGUACCCUCAAGGACCAUUCCACACACCCCAAGGACAGCCGCCGCCGCACUGGCAAAAUGGCAGGUAUGUCGACAGCUAUGGCUAUGAAUAUGGCAUUCCGAUGUAUGCGGCAAAACCAGCAAACCAUAGGUACAUGGAGGCGAGAGAAAUAAACUCUGGUAGGGAACAACCUCCUAUGGUGGAAGCAACAAAACUGCCUCCUGUGGUCACUUUCACAAGGGUGGAGUCUCCGAGGGCAGUAGACGCCCCAGUGACAGCAGCGGUCACCCCAGCGGUGAUAGACGCGCCUCAAACUGUGCAGCAGAGUGUGACAGAACCAUCCUCUGUACCCAACAGCGCAGUGGAGCUAGAGAAUUCAACGGAGGCAAAAGAAGAAAGUUCUGAUGACGAAAGACUAUCAAAGGAACAAGUGACGGCAAUCAGACAAAAAUAUGCCACGUAUUCCACAGCUAAUCUGAUGAGGUUGCCGCUUCUAGCUGGCCAGCGCAUGAGUGUUGCUGAAACUGUUUCCUUGUCAUCCACUCUGGUUAAAAACGUGGAAGAAUUGAGGUUGGGGGCAGGAGAUAAUUCGAAAUCGUCAGAUUGGGUGCGAGGAUGGGACAUCGCACUUGAAAAACAUGUAUUGAAUUCCGUGUCUUCGCGCCUUCCUAACGCG